CGGUGACCCCAAUCACUUUGCCAGAUGGUGCCCUCGUAGACAAAAUCCUGCUGCGCCUGCUGCAUCUAACCCGCCUCUACUUGCCCUCCCAGCCCCUGCUUCGGCGCCCCCCAGUCUUCCUCCUCCUCCACCUCUACCCCCACUACCUCCCCCUCACAAUGCUCCUUCUGCUGCUUCUACCUCAACUAUGGUGGCGACCUCUUCAGCCACGACUAAUACAAACAGGCAGUAUGUCAAAGGAAGUGGUUGGUUCCACACCAAUCAGCGGGUUGCUGUACUUGAAGAACAUGUGGCGUUACUGAAGAACUGGUACGAUGCGGAGAUGGCUAAACUGUUAGCCAAGCGACAGGAAGAGGAGUGGCUGCAGAAGAUGCAGGAAGAGGAGGAGCGCAGACUUAAGGAGAAACAGGAACGAGAACGAUUCCAGAAAGAGCUCAGCGAUGAGUGGCAUGCCAAGUUCGAAUCUGCGUGUGGAGCUUUGCGGAGCAAUUCGAACCGUGUUGAUCAUGAACUGGAGAAGUUGAAGAAACAGAUUGAAGACCUCAAGAUCAGUCAACGGCAGGGGACUUCUGGUGCUUCCACUAGUAACCCGGCCAUAGGUAAUGAUGCCCUAUUGGCUAGGGUACUUCAGGAGCACGAGGAUUUGAAAUCGAGGUUCUCCUUGGAAGUUGAGUUACGCACGCUGAAGCAGUCUCGGGAGGAAGCUUUGCAGGAGGUCGAAACUUGGAAAAAUGAAGCGCUCAAAUCGGGUAACAAACGCAGCAGGCUGGCCACCUCACCUUCCUCUGGGCUCAAGAUGCCCCCUACGAUUACUCCAGCUCCCCGCAAGGAACGAUCGGGUGCUGAUGCUAGCAAGCUGCAGCAGCUGCAUAAUCUGGAGGUUGACGCCCUGAAAGGAUUGAGACUUCAGGAAAUGAACUGGAGGAGAGAAGCGGAGCAGGAGAACGAACGACUCAAGGAACGUCGUGCAAAAGUGGAGAGGGAGAAUGCCAAACUUAAGGAAGAGUUGGCUGCACGUGACAAGGUGAAACGCACGCCGGUGUCUUCCUUCCGUGAACGACUGGACGAAGCAGAUACAGCUGUUGGAGGAACCAGCUCCAAGACUACUAAGAAGAAGCGAGGUGUUGGGGGUAAUGAUGAUGGUCGUGACAAUGAUUGUGAUGCGUUUCUACGGGAGGCACGGAAAGAGUUUUGCAACCUCAAGAAGGACGACGUCAUGGAGAUCUGCAUGAAGGAGGGUGUUAAGUACACCACGCUGACAGAGACUGUUGCUGAGAUCAUCUCCAAACGUGCGGAUCGCGCCUUUGGUAAGAAAGCGGUGGUUGAGGAGAUAUCCGAUGACCACAGUGAUGACGUGCAGGCAGAUGGUAAGAGUGAUGGGAGAGACUCAGGCACGUCCUAGGGUCCCUCCCGAGUGCGGCUACGCUUUGGUCUAUAGCCCUCUCUUGCUCUCAUCUACGAUCUGUGUUCAGUCGUAACCUUCGGCUCAAGAAUC